AUGGGGGUUCGUCAUGUCCUUGGUACAGGAACUUAUCUUGGACUACCAUCUCUUAUUGGUCGGAGUAAGAAGGCAACUUUUGGGUAUAUCAAGGACAAAAUUUGGAGAAAGAUUAAUUCUUGGAGAGGUAGACCGAUAUCUAAAGCAGGGAAGAAGGUUAUGAUAAAAUCGGUGCUUCAGUCUAUUCCUUCCUAUGUUAUGGGGCUCUUUAUUCUUCUUGAUGGUAUUGUUUCUGAUAUUGAGAAGAUGCUUAAUUCCUUUUGGUGGGGAGGUAGUAGUAAUAACAAGGGUAUCAGGUGGAUGUCGUGGGAUAGGAUGACAGGCUCUAAGAAUGAAGGAGGCUUAGGAUUCCGUGAUCUAAAAUCCUUUAAUAUGGCUAUGGUGGCAAAGAGAGGGUGGCACCUGCUGAACAAUCCUGACUCCUUGGUGUCCAGAGUUUUCAAAGCAAGGUGGAGUAUUGGGGAUGGGAGAAAUAUUUCAGUGAUGGGUGAUCCUUGGCUUCGGGGUUGUAGGAGUGACUGGGUGAAAGGUCCUCAAAACUAUGGGGUGUAUGAUCUUAGUGUUAAUGCGCUUUUGUCAAAUGAUGGGAAACAAUGGAACGGCCAACUUAUUCGAGAACUUUUUGAUAGUGAAGUUGUUCAUGAUAUCCUUCAGACACCUUUGGUUGGGGAUGUGGAGGUGGAUAAGUGGGUGUGGAAAAACGAGCGGAGUGGUUGCUGUCGCGGGGAAAAAUCUAAAGAGGAUAGGAUGGUGGCGGGUAGAGUUGCGGUGUUGAUUGAUACGCUUUGGAGAAACCGCAAUAAUUUGAUUUGGAAUAAUGAGAGUGUGGGUUGUUCUAAUCUUGGGUUACAUGCUUUCUGUAGUUGGCAAGAGUGGUUUAUGGCCCAGGAAGGUAAUGUUCCGGUGCAAGCUCACCAAUCGCCCUUGUCUUGGAACCCGCCGGUGUACAGAAGGUGGAAAUGUAAUGUUGAUGCGGGUUUUAACACUAGAAGGGGGACUACUAAUAGAGGCUGGUGCUUUAGAGACCAUUUGGGGAACUUUGUUCAUGCCGGCGUCACGUGGGAUUUUGUGACUUUGCCAAUUAUUGAAGCUGAAGCAUUGGCACUCAAAGAAGCUAUCCAAGUGGCAAUUGAGCUUCGGGUGACAAAUGUUAUUUUCGAAAGUGACUCUCAGAUUACGGUUAAUGCUAUAAGGACGGGUCUCAUUGGUACCUCUGAAUUUUCUUCUAUUAUAUCUUCUAUUUGUAUUUUAUUGCUAAAUUUCCCCAACUUUGAGGUAAAGUUUGUAAAACGCCAAGCGAAUUCGGUUGCUCAUGCCUUAGCUAAAGCGGCCGAUUCCUGGACUAGGCGUAGUUCCUUUAAUUUUCCGCCUCCUUGUAUUGAACCUUUGAUUAUAAAUGAUAUGAGUUAA